AUGGAUCUCAAAUAUUUCAUCUUAUUUUUCUUCUGUGGAUACAUGAACAACACAGUUUUCAUGGAAAGAGAGGUAUAUACAACUGAGAAGCAGCCACAGUCUAUUUUAUUUGGAUCUCCAGUGUCAAAUGUGUCAGCUAGUUCUCCAAAUACAACAGGGAAUCCUUUGAGUCAACCAGCACAAGUAAACAUUUCUUCUGGACAACCCACAUUGGAUGCUUAUGUUUCUUCAGCAAAAUCAGCAAUACACACUUCUGCCAGGCAACCACUUCCUUAUAAAAUCACCAGCCAGCCAAUAACCAGGGCCAAAAUCUUCUCCAGACAAACAGCACUACCUCAGUUCACCUCUACUAGACAACCAUCAUCUGGCCAUACUCCUACCAGACAAUCAACACCAUCAUCUGUCUACACCUCAGCUCAACAGUCAUCACUGCCUCUUCGUACCAGUUCUGAAAAAUCAAUUCAACCAACUGGUUAUAAUCUACCCACACAACCAACUUCAAAUGUAAGAAAUUCACUGGUGAUCACACCAGGGUUCAACCUAGAAACUACCAGUACCCAAAAAACCAAAGCUAACUCAACAGCUGCAAUAUUAGUUGGUGUAAUUCUGACUUUAAUGUUGCUGGCUAUAAUCAUGAUUCUACUAUGGAAAUGCUUGAGAAAACCCGUUUCAAAUGAUCAAAAUUGGGCUGGGAGGUCUCCAUUUGCUGAUGGACAAACCCCUGACUUAUGUAUGGAUAACAUUCGAGAAAAUGAAGUACCUGGGAAACGUACAUCAAUUCUUUCACUUAUGACCUGGAAAACAAACAAAAGCACACUGUUGGCAGAUGACUUAGAAAUUAAGUUAUUUGAAUCCAGUGAAAAUAUUGAUGAUGCCAACCACCUCAAAGCAGAGAAAAUAAAAGAUCAAGUUAAUGGUACAUCGGAGGAGAGUGCAGGUGGAUCAACAAUUGGAACGGCUGUUUCUUCUUCAGAUGAUGCAGAUGUGCCUCCGCCACCACCCCUACUUGACCUGGAAGGACAGGAGAGUAAGCAAUCCGACACUCUGACAACAAAUGUACCUCCGCUUCCAAAUGAUUCUCCUGACCUCCCCCCACCUCUGGACUGUCUCAGUCAAGCCUGUGAAGAUCAGAAUCCUGAGAACACACAGUCAUUUCCUCCUCCGCCUGACUCCCUGAGUGUGCCCACCCCACCAGAAGACUUUGUGAAAACCCAGGAUGAUUCUAACGAUAUUCAGUGUCAGGAGCUCGCUCUCUCUCUUGACUCAGAUCAAGAUGUCAAUGAAUCCUUGCCACUCCCACCCGCUGAAUUAUUAUAA